CCUAGACCGUAGCAACCCGCGGAAGGACACGCUCGCUCGCUCGCACGCAGCGUUGUCAACACGCCAGGACAAAUCCAACACUCGCCGAAGCAGAAAGAUCGCGACCCAAAGCAAAGCCUUGAGCUCGCUCCAGUCUCCACCUCCCCGCCCGCCAACCCCGGUACCUCCUCCCUUCUCGAAGCUUCGUCUCCGGCGUUGCUGGUUCAGCGCUGGUGCUGAUCGUUACCUGUGGCGGUGGGAUGCCCGCCGCCCGCCUCCGCUUGCCGCUGCUAAAAGCGGACGGCUCGCCCGACUCGAGCCGGCGCCACCCCGAUUGCUGCCGCUGACGACGACAGCCGCCCGGACUGCGCCAUGGACGCGGCGUCCCGCCCCGCCGUCGUCAUCGACAACGGCACCGGGUACACGAAGAUGGGGUUCGCGGGGAACGUGGAGCCCUGCUUCAUCACCCCCACCGUCGUCGCCAUCAACGACGAUUUCUCCUCCAGCCAUACGACGACGAGGGGCGCUGCCAAGGGGAACUGGCUGGCGCAGCACACCGCCGGCGUCAUGGCCGACCUCGACUUCUACAUCGGGGAGGAGGCGCUGGCCCUGUCCCGCGCCAGCAGCACGUACAGCCUUAGCUACCCCAUCCGCAAUGGCCAGGUGGAGAAUUGGGACACCAUGGAGAGGUUCUGGCAACAGUGCAUCUUCAAUUAUCUCCGGUGUGAUCCGGAAGAUCAUUAUUUUCUCUUAACCGAGAGUCCCCUGACUGCUCCUGAGACCCGGGAGUACACCGGAGAGAUCAUGUUUGAGACGUUCAAUGUGCCCGGUCUCUAUAUAGCAGUCCAACCGGUCCUUGCACUCGCUGCUGGAUACACUACCACCAAGUGUGAAAUGACAGGUGUUGUAGUUGAUGUGGGUGAUGGAGCUACCCACAUCGUUCCUGUUGCUGAUGGUUAUGUCAUUGGGAGCAGUAUCAGAUCUAUUCCAAUUACAGGCAAGGAUGUUACCCAGUUUAUUCAGCAACUUCUAAAGGAAAGAGGUGAGCACAUUCCACCAGAAGAAUCUUUUGAUGUAGCAAGGAGGGUUAAAGAAAUGUACUGCUAUACCUCUUCGGACAUUGUGAAGGAAUUCAAUAAGCAUGACAGGGAGCCCUCAAAGUACAUUAAACACUGGACUGGCAUCAAACCAAAAACUGGUGCAAAAUACACGUGUGACAUUGGAUAUGAGCGCUUCCUGGGCCCUGAGAUCUUCUUCAACCCAGAGAUCUACGACAAUGAUUUCACCACUCCUUUACAAGUUGUUAUUGACAAGUGCAUCCAAUCAUCCCCAAUCGACACAAGGAGGGCUCUUUAUAAGAAUAUUGUAUUAUCUGGGGGGUCCACUAUGUUUAAGGAUUUCCAUAGGAGAUUACAAAGGGACCUAAAAAAGAUAGUGGACGCCCGGGUUCGUGCAUCUAAUGCUCGGGCUUGUGGAGAUGCGAAGGCCCAACCCAUAGAAGUGAAUGUGGUCAGUCAUCCUAUUCAGAGAUAUGCGGUAUGGUUUGGCGGUUCUGUGCUUGCUUCUACUGCUGAAUUCUACGAGGCUUGCCGCACGAAAGCGGAGUACGAGGAGUAUGGUGCCAGCAUCUGCAGAUCAAAUCCUGUUUUCAAAGGGAUGUAUUGAAUCCAUCCAUCAAAUCCUGCUUUUGAGGGGUUGUAUUUAACUGGAGAGCAAAUCCUCGUGCUGGACGUGACAAUCAACUUCAUGCUGUCAACCUGCCUGCCAAGCCAUGUAAAAAACUUGAGUGAUGACAGUGGAGCGCUGGAGGCGGACUGUUGAGGCAUCCCGUCGAAACCUCGCUGCAGGAGUUGUACGAACCAAAGUGCAAAUAGAUAGGCAUCCUGCUGAAGCUUCGCUGUCGAUACAUUUUCUGUUUUGGUCUGUUAGAUGCCGGUAGCUUGGCAAUGGCUUCAUCACCUUCCUGGGCAUCGUCCGCGCCGAGCGGCCUACUGCUGUGCUGUAUAAUGUUGCUAAAUUGGGGCAUCGGUGUGACAUUAACAUUGCCAUUUUCGGUGUUGCGGCAUUACUCCUUGUAGAUCCACAUGUUGAUUCGAUACCGAUGUUUUCUUCUUGGUGA